UUUUUUUUUUUUUUUUUAAGGUUUGAACAGUUAGUUGCUUUGAAUCUACUUUUUCUAUUCAUAUUUAACUUUAUUAGUGAUGCUUUUGGGAAUUGAAGUUUUAAAUUGUUUUCUUUUUGUAUAAAUUGAAUUUGUGUAAUUUUAAUUCAGUUAUGCUUUUCUAAAGUUCUGUUUGUCUGGCCAGAAGCAUAAUUUUGAAGAAUUGACCCUAAAUUUCCUAAUAUUUCGGUUUCUCUCCGAACUAGUAAAUUUAAGAUAAUGAGAGUGGAGAUCUUACCAUCGCAAUAUGCUGGCUAUAGCAAAAUAAGUUUUAAAAAUAUUUCUAAAAAAUUCUUAUUUAUUUUGUUACCAUAUAAUUAUUGCAAUGUGAACAUAACAUGUGAACUUAAAUACCCUCGGAUUGCCAAAUCUCCGUUUAAUAUUAAAAACAUGCAAAGUUUUCGAGCUUGAAAAUUGAGUCAACUCAGUCAUAUUUUUUAUGUUUUAAAAUAAUUAAUAAGCUUUUUUUUUUUUGGUUAACGCUUCUUUGUAUUUCCUUUUCCACCUGGGUUUGGGUUUGUUGCAAUUUGAGAUUAUCUAAGCUUCACUAGUUUUUAUUCAUGAGAGGACCAUACUUUCUGAUUCUCGCCAUAAAUGGUAAUGUUUUCUUACCAUGAUACCAUAGAACACUUCUGUUCUCAAUGCUUGUUUCGCUUAGUGUCAUUAUUUAGUUUUAGUUGCUUCAAUAAUCUCUGACGUGUCUCUAGGCAAGAAUCUAUGGAUCUUUCUGAAAGCCUGAAUUGAGCAUUCCUUUCAUGUGGUACUUAACCCUGCCCACGUCUUCUGAUCGGGAUUUUUGGUUGACGGAAUCUGUCUAAAUACCUGGCAUUUUCUGACAUUGAUUUCAUCUAGUUCUAUCUUUCCACUUGGUUGAGAACAGGAUCCAGGAAUGAGCAUGUUAAAAUUGGAAAAUUUGAUAGAAAAAGGGAAAGUUUUAUUUGGGUUUGUGUAAGGUUUCUGAUUAAGCUGCACAACAUCAUUUUAUAUGUAUUGAGGGGAUGCUAGAUAAAGUAUUAAUUUGAGGUAUUAGUCGAAGUUAUUAAACCCAGAACAGACUGAUUAGUUGGGCGCAAAAAAUGAUGAAUCCAAAAAUCAUUCAAGCUACGGGAUCUCACAAUCUGAUGUGUUCUCUAAUUUUGAGAUCUUAUUUUAUCCUCAAUCUCUGGAUAAUUAUGGUACGGUGCAAGAUUUUUUCCAAUGUAUGUAUAUGGAGAUUCAGAGGGCUUACUGGAGUGUUGAGUUUCUGCAUCUUCAUCUCUACUUUGGUGAUGGCCACAAAAGAAUGGAGAUCGCAGAAAUUAGAAUUAGUGCCACAUUAUAAGGUGUUUGGAUGCCACUCUGCUGCGGACUCAUCUGGAAACCCACUUGUCAGGUCGAGGAAGGGGACUAUGCCUAUGAUAGAAGUGGUCGAAGGAAGUUUCUGUUGACGUCAAGUAAUAAUUACUUGAGAUUUGUUUUAGUUGGUGAAGAUGCCAGAGAUACAGUUGGGUGCCCACACGAUAAAAUCUCAUGGAGUGCAAGUAGCAAGAUUCCACAUGCAUGAUUGGCUUAUUCUAUUGAUGCUUGUGGUAAUAGAGAUCAUUUUAAAUAUAAUAGAACCAUUCCAUCGAUUUGUUGGAGAGGAGAUGAUGACAGACCUGAAAUACCCAUUGCAAGACAAUACUGUUCCGUUCUGGGCUGUUCCGAUGAUUGCAAUAAUAUUGCCUUCCAUUGUCAUUAUAGUCUUCUACUUUAUUAGACACGAUGUCUACGAUUUGCACCAAGCUAUAUUGGGCCUCUUGUUUUCUGUACUUGUUACUGGUGUUAUUACUGAUGCAAUUAAAGAUGCUGUUGGUCGUCCUCGUCCGGACUUCUUUUGGCGUUGCUUUCCUGAUGGAAAAGGGGUGUUCCAUCCUGUCACAAGGAAUGUCCAGUGUACUGGAUUGAAGAGUGUCAUCAAAGAAGGACAUAAAAGUUUCCCUAGCGGACAUACUUCCUGGUCUUUUGCUGGUCUUGGCUUUCUAGCCUGGUACUUGUCAGGGAAAAUUAGAGUAUUUGACCGUAGGGGCCAUGUUGCGAAGCUCUGCAUUACGUUCCUGCCCUUACUCGUUGCUGCAUUAGUUGGAAUCUCACGAGUUGAUGAUUAUUGGCACCAUUGGGAAGAUGUAUUUACCGGGGGUCUAUUAGGGAUGACAAUUGCUUCAUUUUGUUACUUGCAAUUCUUCCCACCACCAUAUCACGUAGAUGGUUGGGCACCCCAUGCAUAUUUCAAUAUGCUGGCAGACUCGAGAAAUGGCAACCAAUCAUCAUCAACCAAUGCUAAUGCUCUUACAGUUAGGCAGUCAGAAUUUGAGAGUGUAUCUAUCAGAUCUGCACCAGAUGCCAAUGUACGAGACUCAAGCUCAAUACUCGAAGACAUGGAAAAUGGGAGAAGAAAUUGAAUAUGGUGCUGCCCAAAUGGGUAAAAUCACGGGAAUUUGUACUGCAUUAGAUCAAGGUUACUUUUCUUUGCAUCUUUAAGUACCCUAACAUGAAAGAUUGUUUACUUGGAUUGAUCGAACUGUCAUUAGAUGUUAAUUAUUUUUGUUUACGUC